GUGCAACUUUCAGCAUUUGACAAAGUUGAAGUCAAUUCACAUUCCUGUUGAGUUUUUUUGCUUGUAAGAGGACAUAUUCUUUUAGUUCCUCAUGAUGAAUGCUGAAGUGCAGUUACCUCCCUGUAGUUGCUUUUGCAGUGGCCUGCCUGCUUGCUUCAUGAUGAUAAUGGUGGCAUUCCCUCCUGUUUCUUUUCCCCUCUUUUUGUUUUGCAUCUGUACAGUUCUCAUUUCUAUCUCCGAAGGGAUGCCUGAACGCGACACCUCCAUAAUGCUCUGUGUUCAGAAGCUCAGAGUCCUCAUUGAGGAUUCCGACCAGAAUCUGAAAUACCUGGGCCUACUUGCCAUGAGUAAGAUCUUGAAGACACAUCCCAAGUCUGUGCAAGCACACAAGGACUUGAUCAUGCAGUGUUUGGACGACAAGGACGAGUCCAUCCGUCUCCGAGCCCUGGAUCUCCUCUAUGGAAUGGUGACCAAGAAGAAUGUGAUGGAGAUAAUCCGCAAACUUCUCCAUCAUAUGGAUAAGGCAGAGGGUGCACACUAUCGAGAUGAGCUUCUUUCCAAGAUUAUUGACAUCUGCUCUCAGAGCAAUUACACACACAUUUCCAACUUUGAAUGGUAUGUGAGUGUGCUGGUGGAGCUGACACGUGUGGAGGGAACACAGCAUGGGAAACUAGUAGCCAACCAGAUGCUGGAUGUAGCCAUUCGUGUUCCAGCUGUCCGAUCGUUUACUGUUGCCCAGAUGGCUCUCCUUGUUGAAAAUUCUCAUCUUCUUGUUCGUUCUGCCCAGCGGACCACUAUCACAGAGGUCCUGUAUGCAGCUGCCUGGAUCUGUGGCGAGUUUGCUGAGUUCUUGCCAGAUCCACGCGGAACACUGGAAGCAAUGGUUCGCAUGCGCAUGGGAUCUCUGCCAAGCCACAUUCAAGCAACUUUCAUCCAGAACAUCCUCAAGGUCUAUUCAAGGAUUAUCUCUAGAGCUGAGGAGGAACACGAUGAUGAAACCAUUCAUGAAGUGGGGAAACUGGUGUUGGAGCGGUUACCAGAUCUGGUGAGCAGUUCUGACCUAGAGGUACAGGAGAGGGCUUGCACCAUUCUUACGCUGAUGAAGCAGAUCCAGAAGCUGCAGGGACGAGGUGAGAAAGUUGCAAAGGACCUUGCCUUCCUCUUUGCUGGAGACCUCAACCCAGUAGCACCCAAGGCCCAACGCAAGGUCCCCGUCCCCGAAGGAUUGGAUCUGGAUGCUUGGAUCAACGAACCUCCACCUGUAGAGUCAGAGGAAGAUGAGAAGGAAGAAGACGUGGAGAUCUUUCGACAAGAUGCCCAUGUGACAGGGGAACGACAACAGCCCCCAAGAGAAGAACCUAGUGAGGAAGAACUUGAGAGGAGACGGCAAGUAAGGAAAGAUGAGCAGGCCCACAACCCACAUUAUCUGAAGCAGACAUCUCCAUUCAGACGAGGUGUGAACGACACAGUCGGGGAGGAGGUUCCUCCUGUCGCCAAACUGGAUCUCAAUGUCCCACUACACAUUCCAGGGAUGGUUAGGUCAGACCGUUACCUCAACCUGGACUCGACGGAUGAUGAGCGGAAGAAGAAGAAGAAGAAAAAGAAGAAAGGGGGAAAGAAGGGGAAGGGGAAGAAGGGAGAAUCAAGCGAGGAAGAGGAAGUGGUGAGUCCUGUAGAGAGACCAGAGGUGAGCACCCAAGUGGAGCUUCCUGAAGGAGCAAGUGUCAGUGACAACGAUGAGGAAGAUACCAGACCCCUGGAUGAUCCGCAUCGUGCCCUCGACAUCAAUCUCGACGAGCCCCUGAAACCAUAUGAACGACUGGCACCACCUGCACCUUAUGCAAGUUUGGCUGCUCCAGAGCCAAAACUUGCAGAUGGGGCAAUCAGAAGUGAUGUAACCAAGGAAUCAACCAAGAAGAAAAGUAAGACAAAGGAAGAGAAGGACAAGAAGAAGGGGAAAAAGAAAAAGAAGAAAUCCCAAGAGAAUGGAGAAGAGGAGAAGCAAGCCAAGGAAGAGGAGCUCAUUCCCAUUGAGAAUCAUGUAGAAGCAAAUGGACUUCAAACUGAGAAUCUUAUUGAGGAGGAUCUAGUGGGUGUGGUUGGGAAUCAUGCUCCAAGGGUCCCAGCCUCAAAGGAGGAAGGGAAAGAAGAGGUCAAAGAGAAGAAGGAGAAGGUUAAGAAGAAAAAGAAGGGGAAGAAGGAAGGAAAAAGGAAAAAGAAGGUGGAUGACAUUCAGAAUGAGGUGGAAGACAAUGGAGUAUCAAGAGAAGAGAUGUCCAGGAAGCCUGAGGAACUCCAUUUUGUUCCAUCUCGUCUUCUCCUUGCUGAAGACUCCCAUCUUCGGCUGACAUAUGAUACUCGAGUGAUGCCGGGAGAUGAACAUCAGAUUGUCGUGGUGGUGGAGUUCUCCAAUCUAGAUUCUCACCUUGCCAGACAGCUCGAAUGGAAUGUAUUGGACACAAUCAACACAAAGAUGAUUCGCGGGCCAAGUGAAGCAGAUGGAAUCAGUGUACCCUUCCAGCUGCCUCCUGCCUCAUCUGUGGAAUAUAAGUACUCAUUCAGAGUUGACUGCAUCACCGUGCCACAGAAGUUACGUGGCACCCUCACAUACAUGCUUGAAAUGCCAGAUGGAGCAACACACAAGAAACUAGACUUUAGCCUGAGGUUCCCUGUGACGGCCUUCCUUCUGACCGGGCUCCCACCUGGUGAGGGGGAGGUGGGAUUCGCCAGGCUCCUCUCCGGCGGGGAAUUGACAGCCAAAGGGACGGUGACGGUGACCGAGGUAUCGGAGGAGUUCCCCUUGGUUCUGUCCAAGCUAUGCUCGCACCUGCACACCGGCCUGGUGGAACGGGUGGAUCACACUGCCUCUCUAUAUGCUCGGUCCAUCCAGGGCCAUCAUGUUGCUCUCCUCGUCAAGGCUCUGCCUGGUGAUAGGUUGACAUGUGAUGGAAAAGGCAGCGACCAGCAA